CCUUCAAUCUAGCUAUUCUGUAAUGUUGCAAAGAACCUCUUUUACAGAUACUCAAAAAUAUGAACUUUGUUUAUAUGCUCGUGAUAACAAGGGAACUCAGUUAGAAUAUCACAAACUUGUUACUUUUCCAGAACUUGAGCUUGUGCUCAAAGAAUUUAUAUUAAUUUACCAAAGUCAGACUAUUUUAAGUGAUGUCUUGAUUAUUAAAAAGGCUAAAUUACUAGCGAGUGAAUUAAAGAUUUCUGAGGGUAAGUUACAAUUUUCUCAAGGAUGGCUUCAAAAAUUUAAGGAAAGAAAUAGAAUUCGUCAAAGAAUACUUCAUAGUGAAGAAGCAUCUGCUGAUCAAAAUGCUAUUAUCGAGUCUUUGCUAUUACUGCUAGAUAUAUAUACAAGAUAUCCUCUCAACAGAAUAUAUAACAUAGAUGAGACUGCCAAAUCAAACACUAGCAUCAUGAUGCUCGCAGGGUGUAAAAAGAAUAAGGAGCAUAUUUCUGUAGUAUUAUGUUCAAAUGCUAAUGGGUUUUAUAAGUUGAAUCCUCUUAUUAUUGGCAAUACCAAUGAUUCAGAGUUAGAUGGACUUAUUAAUGCAUUUAGUUCAUAUAACCUCCCUAAUGCAAUGAAGACUAAUGAAUAUCUUACAAUUAAUAAUGAGAACAUCAUUUAUGAAGAUGAAAGUGUUGAUAAAAAUAUUAUUGAAGUAGAUAAUGAGGAUGAUAGUAUUGAGAUUGUAACUGUUAGUGGUAGUUUAGCAUUGAAUAAUUUAGAAAAUAUUCGCAUGUUUUUACUUUAA